UGGCUUCUCAAUUCCCAAGGACUUUUUUUUUUUUUUUUUUCCUGAAAGGGAAUUAACAGAUGAGUCUGUGGUUGCUUUGGCAACAAACUUUCAACCUCUACCUAACUCUCCGGAAUGAGAACAUACCUAUUAAUACAUUCGCUGGACUGGGGAGUUGAGUCGCUCAAUGCAAAUUUUCAAGUGCAAAACAGCUUAAUCGGCUCGGCUAGCCUUUUGGUGGUGCUGCGGUUAGAGGCUGGUGAAGCGGAGAGCAACUGUUGCAGUAACCUGUUGCAGAAAAGUGAAAGUAUAUCCGCAACAGUUGGCUUUGAUUGCAGAGAGUGCGCUUGUGAGAACUGAUGGCGGGUGCGCGCAGAAAAUCUUUGCAAAGCAGGCAAGUGGGAUCUCUUCUUAUUUUUCUGUGCGUAUCUGUGGGGGGUGCGACAACUAUACGCUAUUCAGUGGCGGAGGAAAUGGAGAGCGGUUCGUUUGUGGCCAACGUAGCUAAGGACCUAGGACUGGAGGUAGGGAAGCUGGCUGCGCGCGGGGCGCGGCUGGUUUCCGAGGGCAACAAAAUGCACUUCCGGCUCCACCGCAAGACGGGAGAUUUGUUUGUGAAGGAGAAACUGGAUCGGGAGUCACUUUGCGGCAAAGCCGACCCGUGUGUUCUGCACUUUGAAAUAAUCCUGGUGGAGCCGCUGCAGUCCUUCCGUGCCGAGGUCAGGGUAUUUGAUAUCAACGACAAUGCCCCAGUUUUCCUAAACAAGGAGCCGCUUUUAAAGAUUCCGGAGAGCACCCCCUUGGGUUCACGUUUUCCUCUGCAGAGCGCCCAGGAUCUGGACGUGGGCCUCAAUGGUCUCCAAAACUACACCCUUAGUGCCAACGGCUAUUUCCACCUGCACACCCGCUUCCGCAGCCACGGGCCUAAAUAUGCUGAGCUGGUGCUGAACAAACCCCUGGACCGAGAGGAGCAGCCUGAAGUCAACUUGACAGUUACUGCGAUGGACGGCGGGUCACCGCCCAAGUCUGGCACAGCUCACAUCCGCGUGGUGGUUCUGGAUGUCAACGACCACGUGCCCCAGUUCUUGCGACCGGUGUACCGAGCCCAGGUAUCAGAGAACAGCCCCAAUGGCUCUUUGGUGGCCACGGUGACUGCCAUGGACCUAGACGAGGGCACCAACAAAGCGAUAACUUACUCUUUAGCUCAAAACCCAGAAGCAAUUCUCAAGACGUUUCAGAUUGACUCUCAAACUGGAGAGGUUCGACUAAAAGGACCCCUAGAUUUUGAAGACAUUGAAACAUACGACAUUGACAUUCAAGCUACAGAUGGUGGAGGCCUCUCUGCCCACAGCAAAGUCCUGGUAGAAGUGGUGGAUGUGAAUGACAAUCCUCCCGAAGUGAUGAUCUCCUCUGUGUCCAGCCCACUCCCUGAAGACUCACCACCACAGACGGUAGUAGCCCUUUUCACUAUCAGAGACCGGGACAUUCGAAUGGGAGGAAAAGUCACCUGCUUCCUCAGAGAAGACCUUCCCUUUGUAAUCAAACCUACAUUCGGGAGUUCUUACUCGCUGGUCACUGACAGAAGCUUGGAUCGGGAGGAGGUCUCAGGCUAUAAUAUCACCCUUGUUGCCAUGGAUACUGGACCACCUAGCUUAUCUGCCGAGACUAUGAUAGAGGUGCUAAUAUCUGACGUUAAUGACAAUCCUCCAAUAUUUCAGGAAGAUUCCUAUAUCUUGACUGUUCGAGAAAACAAUAGUCCUGCAGUUUUUAUUGGCCAAGUCCAUGCUGAGGAUCUUGAUUUGGGUGAGAAUGCCCAAAUAACUUAUUCUCUGUUGCCUCCAAAAAAUGGAGAUCUAUCAGUCUUUGCUUACAUAUCCAUAAAUUCAGACAAUGGAAAGCUCUACGCACUGAGAACCAUGGAUUAUGAGGCCAUUCAAGAUUUUCAGUUUGUGGUAAAGGCAACUGAUGGGGGCUUCCUGUCACUGAAUAGGCAAGCUACUGUCAGAGUAGUUGUCCUAGACGACAAUGACAAUCGUCCAAUGAUCUUGUACCCACUGCAGAAUGGCACCUUGCCCUGCAAUGAUCUGGUGCCCAGGUCUGCAGAGGCAGGCUACCUGGUAACCAAAGUGGUGGCUGUGGAUGGUGACUCAGGUCAGAAUUCUUGGCUUUCAUAUCAUCUACUUAAGGCCACUGACCUUGGGUUAUUUUCUGUUCAAAGACAAAAUGGAGAAAUCCGUACAUUACGGCAGAUAUCUGAGAGAGACCCCAUGAUGCAGAAAUUGAUCAUUCUUGUUCAGGAUCACGGCCAACCAGCUCUUUCAACUACUGUCUCACUCAACAUCCUGCUGGUAGAUGGCUUUUCAGAGCCCUACCUGCAGUUCCAGGAUCCAACCAAGCAUUCCAGAAAGGUAAAUCCAUCCACUAAAUAUUUGGUAAUUUCUCUGGCCAUCCUUUCCUUUCUCUUUCUCCUCUCUGUCACAGUGAUCUUCAUUAUACAUGUCUACCAAAAGAUUAAAUAUAAAGAAAAGUUUACAAUUCAAGAGCAUUUCUAUGAUGACUGUAAUUUCUCUAACAAUCUGGUACAAGGACAAAGCAAUGGAUCCUUAUCCCAACCUUGUCCAUAUGAAAUGUGUUCAGCCACUGGCACUGGUAAUAGUGAGUUUUGCUUUCUUAAGCGCUUUAUGCCCAACUUCCCUUUCCCUCAUGCCACUGGGGAGAUAAAAAUGGAGGCUGGCUCCAGUUUGCCUCUAAAUUCUGAAAGGAAUAAGUCUCAGAGAUCAGAGGGCCAUGACCAGGUAUCUGAUGACUAA